AGAGGCUCCGGACGCCGCGGCUGGAUUGGAGACGACAUGGGUUCCUCAGGGGACGACGGCUAUCGCCUCCUCAAUGAGUACACCAACGGCUUCAUGGUGUCCCAGGUUCUCUUCGCCGCUUGCGAGCUGGGGGUGUUCGACCUUCUGGCCGAGGCCCCAGGGCCCCUGGACGUGGCAGCAGUGGCUGCAGGUGUGGAGGCCAGCCCCCACGGGACAGAGCUCCUGCUGGACACCUGCGUGUCCCUGAAGCUGUUGAAAGUGGAGACGAGGGCAGGAAAAGCUUUCUAUCAAAACACAGAGCUGUCCAGCGCCUACCUGACCAGGGUCAGCCCGACCUCACAAUGCAACCUGCUAAAGUACAUGGGCAGGACCAGCUAUGGGUGCUGGGGCCACCUGGCAGAUGCUGUGAGGUGGGGGCUGCAUCCAGGUGGUACCCCCGGGGGGCUGGUGAAGGGGCGUUGGAGGAGGUCUGAGGGCGAGCGGCUGCAGUUCAUGCAAGCUCUGCAGGAGGUCUGGAGCGUCAACGGGAGAAGCGUGCUCACCGCCUUUGACCUUUCGGGGUUCCCACUUAUGUGCGACCUUGGUGGUGGCCCUGGAGCUCUGGCGAAGGAAUGCCUGUCUCUGUAUCCUGGAUGUAAGGUCACCGUUUUCGACAUCCCAGAAGUGGUGCGGACGGCAAAGCAGCACUUCUCAUUCCCGGAGGAGGAACAGAUUCACUUCCAGGAAGGGGAUUUCUUUAAAGACCCUCUUCCGGAAGCAGAUCUGUACAUCCUGGCCAGGAUCCUCCAUGACUGGGCAGAUGGAAAAUGUUCACACCUGCUGGAGAGGGUCUACCAUACUUGCAAGCCAGGUGGUGGCAUUCUGGUAAUUGAAAGCCUCCUGGAUGAAGACAGGCGGGGCCCUCUGCUCACGCAGCUCUACUCUCUGAAUAUGCUUGUGCAGACAGAAGGGCAGGAGAGGACCCCCACCCACUACCACAUGCUCCUCUCCUCUGCUGGCUUCAGAGACUUCCAGUUUAAGAAAACAGGAGCCAUUUAUGAUGCCAUUUUAGUCAGGAAAUAACUUUUUCUUGUGAUCUGGAACUACUGUCAAAGCAUGCAAGACAUAAUAAUAAAGAGAUGUAUCUCCA